GAAGCAAUAGCCCAACAUUGAUCCAUUGACCAUUGUCCUAUUCUUAACUGUUUAUUUAUUUCUUAGUUUUUAAAUAGGACCUGGUCGUUGGGUCGCGCUAUUUCGCAGUUCCUUACUAUUCGAUAUCCAUUUUACAGUUACAAGUUUUUGUUGCUACCAUUCUAUUCCUUUUCUGAACCCAAUCAAAGUCUGCAUCCUCUUCUCCAUUCGGUAUUUUGAACUCUAAACGUAAGGAUGAAAUUGUAGGUGGACGUUGGGGAAGCGUGUCCAUGGAGUGGACAACAUUGCAGCAUCUUGAUCUGCGCCAUGUUGGUCUUGGCGUGAGACCUUUGCAGCCACAUGCUGCUAUCUUCCAUCCUUAUCAGGCACUCGUCGCCGUCGCCAUCGGAAACUUCAUCGUCGAGUUCGAUGCAUUAACAGGAAGCAAGAUUUCUACUCUUGAAAUUGGUGCUCCAGUUGUCCGCAUGUUAUAUAGUCCUACAAGAGCGCAUACUGUGAUUGCAAUUCUCCAGGAUUGUACAUUACGAUCCUGUGAUUUUGACUUAGAGCAAACAUCCGUACUGCAUUCACCAGAGAAGAAGAAUGAGCAAAUUUAUUCUGAUACAGAAGUUCAUCUGGCAUUAAGCCCACGCCAAUCUAUUGUGUUUUUUGGAUUUCAUAGACGGAUGAGUGUGACAGUUGUUGGAACUGUUGAAGGCGGUAGAGCACCCACAAAAAUUAAGACAGACAUGAAGAAGCCUAUUGUGAAUCUUGCUUGUCAUCCUCGCCUCCCCGUUCUGUAUGUAGCUUAUGCAGAAGGUUUGAUUCGAGCAUAUAACAUUCACACUUAUGCUGUUCAUUACACACUUCAAAUUGACAAUACUAUAAAGCUUAAUGGUGCCGGUGCUUUUGCAUUUCACCCAACUCUAGAGUGGAUAUUUAUUGGUGAUCGACGUGGUACUCUAUUGGCAUGGGAUGUAUCAACUGAGAGACCUAGUAUGAUUGGAUUAACACAAGUUGGAUCACAACCAAUAACAUCAGUUGCUUGGCUAGCCACAUUACGGUUACUUGUAACCCUAUCAAGGGAUGGAAAUCUGCAAGUUUGGAAAACACGGGUUGUAGUUAAUCCUAACACACCUCCUAUGCCGGCAAGUUUUUUUGAGCCUGCUGCAAUUGAAGCACUUGAUAUCCCUCGCAUCCUUUCUCAACAGGGUGGAGAAGCUGUGUAUCCCUUACCACGAAUUAAAGCUUUAGAAUUUCAUCCAAGAUCUAAUUUAGCAGCACUCGUAUUUGCAAACGUAACAAGUGGAGAAACUUCGAAAAAUAAGACCACGUACAGUAGAGAAAGGAGAAAGAAACUUUAUUCAGUUUUGCAAUGUGCACGGGGAUCAUCAGCAUCUUUUUUAAAAGAAAAAUUAUCAGCCUUGGGUUCAUCUGGAGUGUUAGCAGACCAUCAGCUGCAAGCUCAAUUACAGGAGCAUCAUUUGAAAGGCCACAAUCAUCUCACAAUAUUAGACAUUGCAAGGAAGGCUUUUCUUUACAGUCAUUUUAUGGAAGGCAAUACAAAAAUUGCUCCAAUAUCUCGCUUGCCUCUCAUCACUGUUCUAAAUACCAAGCAUCAUUUGAAGGGCAUUCCAGUUGUACAGCCAUUUCAUUUGGAGCUAAAUUUCUUCAAUAAAGAGAAUCCAGUUCUUCACUAUCCUGUCAGGGCUUUUUAUGUGGAUGGACCUAAUCUUAUGGCAUAUAAUAUAUUAUCUGGAUCUGACAGUAUCUACAAGAAGCUUUACAAUUCGAUUCCUCGGGGUGUGGAGUAUCAAGCAAAAUACUUGAUUUACAGUAAAAAACAGCACCUAUUUCUUGCGGUUUAUGAAUUUACUGGUACUACAAAUGAAGUUGUACUUUACCGGGAAAACACUGAUGCAAUGACAUCAAACAGUAAAAGCAGCACAGUUAAAGGUUGUGAUGCGGCAUUUAUUGGUCAGAAUGAAAAUCAGUUUGCUAUUCUCGAUGAUGACAAGACAGGGCUGUCAGUAUAUACACUACCAGGAGGAGCCUCACAAGAAACAAAGGGGAAAAUGAUAACUUUUGAAGAAAAUCAACCCUACAGGAAACUAACGAUGUUCAAUUCGCGGCCCAACGCAUUUAUGUUUGAAACUGAAGUUGAUCGUAUCUAUUCAACUCCUUUAGAUUCAACUUUGAUGUUUGCUUCUCAUGGGAGCCAAAUUGGACUAGUAAAGCUCAUACAAGGGUACCGCCUUUCCACUUCAUCUUCCAAAGGGCAUUAUAUAUCAACCACGGGCGAGGGCAAAACGUCACUCAAAUUGAAAAGGAAUGAGAUUGUACUUCAGUUUACUGGCAAGAGGACUCUCAGGGGACACGUUGCAGGAAUUUUAACAACACAUAGAGUACUUAGUUCGACAUCACUUGGCAUACUUGCAGGAACUUCGACAAAUUUUGACAAAGGGCUUCCUUCAUUUAGAUCAAUCUUAUGGAUAGGGCUGCCUUCUUUUUCUACUGCCACUGCAAUUAGUAUACUCGGCUGGGAUGGAAAAGUGAGGACUAUCUUGUCAACUAGUAUGCCUUGUGCAGUCUUGGUUGGUGCUUUGAAUGAUCGAUUGUUGCUUGCUAGCCCUACAGAAAUAAAUCCCAAACAGAAGAGGGGAUUUGAGGUCAAAAGCUGUCUUGUUGGUCUUCUUGAGCCUCUUCUUAUUGGAUUUGCCACAAUGCAACAAAGUUUUGAGCAGAAGCUUGACCUAUCAGAAAUACUGUACCAAAUAACAUCAAGGUUUGACAGCUUGCGCAUAACACCUAGGUCUCUGGACAUCCUUGCUAGAGGUUCUCCAGUUUGUGGAGACUUAGCUGUGUCAUUAUCUCAAUCAGGUCCACAGUUCACCCAAGUGAUGCGGGGUGUCUAUGCUGUGAAAGCUCUUCGUUUUUCCACUGCUUUGUCAGUUCUAAAAGACGAAUUCCUGCGUUCAAGAGAUUACCCACAAUGUCCUCCUACAUCUCAUUUAUUUCACAGGUUCAGACAGUUGGGUUAUUCCUGUAUCAGAUUCGGUCAGUUUGAUAGUGCAAAAGAAACCUUUGAAGUUACAUCAGAUUACGAAAGCAUGCUUGAUCUAUUUAUAUGCCACCUAAAUCCUAGUGCAAUGAGGCGUCUUGCUCAGAAGUUGGAAGAAGAAGCUCUUGACUCAGAAUUGAGGCGAUACACUGAAAGGAUUUUACGGAUUCGAUCUAGUGGAUGGACUCAGGGCAUAUUUGCCAACUUUGCAGCAGAAAGUAUGGUUCCUAAAGGACCUGAAUGGGGUGGUGGCAACUGGGAAAUCAAAACCCCUACUAAUGCAAAGGAUAUACCUCAGUGGGAGCUUGCUGCAGAGGUGACGCCAUAUAUGAAGAAUGAUGAUGGUGCUAUUCCAUCCAUUAUUGUAGAUCAUAUAGGUGUGUAUUUAGGCUCAAUUAGAGGAAGAGGCAAUGUUGUUGAGGUAAGGGAAGAUAGCUUGGUUAAAGACUUAAUCCCUGCAAGUAAGGAUUUUAAAGCAAAUGGUCUUGAAGUAUCUUCACUUAAACCCAUAUCUAAUCAAGGGGUUGGUAAUGCAAAAGGUGUUCCAUUAAUGGGUCUGGAAAGGUUUAGUAAACAGGGUGCCAGUUCCUCAACUGAUGAACAGACUAAAGCAGAAGAGGAAUUUAAGAAAUCCAUGUAUGGAGCUGCUGCUUCUGACAGCAGCAGUGAUGAGGAAGGAGUAUCAAAAACCAAAAAGCUACGUGUUAGAAUACGAGAUAAGCCAGUUACCACUUCUGUGGAUGUGGAUAAAAUUAAAGAAGCCACUAGUAAAUUUAAACUAAGUGAAGCGUUAACUCCAACGAGGAGUAGGUCCUUUACUAGUGGAUCCCAAGAUCUUGGCCUGUCUCAGCCACCUGCAGCUACUGGAGUGGCUGCUCACACUGUUUCAGCUCCAGGUGACCUGUUUAGUACAAUUUCCUUGACUCAACCAGAAUCAAUUUCACAGCCAACUCCUGGGGUUGCAAGUGGGGGAACUAAAGUAGGACCUAUUCCAGAAGACUUCUUUGAGAAUACAAUUCCAUCUCUUCAGGUUGCUGCUUCACUGGCUCCUGCUGGUAGAUAUCUCUCUAAAUUUACUGCAGGAGCUCAAAGCGGCGAAGCAACUCAAAACCAGGCUAGUGCUUACGAAUCUGAUGUUAGUCAUCAAGGUCAUGUUUCUCCUCAAGCUGUUCAACUACCUGUGUCUCCUAUCGAGACUGUAGGACUUCCUGAUGGUGGUAUACCACAAUCCUCAAAUCAGGCUGCAGUCAUUCCCCAAUCACAGUUUCCGGCACCAAUUUCUAGCCAACCUCUUGAUCUUAGUAUAUUUGGUGUACCAAAUACUUCUAAUUCUGAAAAGCCUCCACAAACUGGUUCUCCACCAUCCUCUGUAAGACCAGGACAGGUUCCCCGAGAAGCUGCUGCUUCUGUGUGUUUCAAGACUGGACUUGCUCACCUUGAGCUAAAUCAUCUUUCAGAUGCUUUGUCUUGCUUUGAUGAAGCUUUUCUUGCAUUAGCUAAAGAACAAUCUCGUGGAAGUGAUAUAAAAGCUCAAGCAACCAUAUGUGCUCAAUACAAGAUAACAGUCACUCUUCUUCGGGAAAUUGUUCGUUUGCAAAGAGUUCAUGGUCCAAGUGCUAUUAGCGCUAAAGAUGAGAUGGCUAGACUUUCACGCCAUCUAGGCUCAUUGCCUUUGCUCGCAAAGCACAGAAUAAAUUGCAUUCGAACUGCCAUAAAACGAAAUAUAGAGGUGCAAAAUUAUGCAUAUUCCAAGAAAAUGUUAGAACUACUAUUAUCUAAAGCACCUCCAAGUAAGCAGGAAGAAUUUAGGAGCCUCAUUGAUUUGUGUGUUCAGAGGGGUUUGGUUAACAAGUCCAUUGAUCCAUUGGAAGAUCCAUCACAAUUCUGUGCUGCCACAUUGAGCAGGCUGUCGACCAUUGGAUAUGAUGUCUGUGAUCUCUGUGGAUCUAAAUUUUCAGCUGUGACUGCACCAGGAUGCAUCAUAUGUGGAAUGGGCAGCAUCAAGAGAUCGGAUGCAGUCGCAGGACCAGUUCCUUCUCCUUUUGGUUAUGCAGAACUGGAAGUUAUUUUUGAUUUCCCUAAUUUGUCAUUGAAUGUGCCUAUUCUCAUAAAUAUUCUACAGAAGCACUUGACAAUAUCCUCUGACUCCUUAUCAUCUAAUGAACUUGAGGAACUCAAAGCUCUUUCUUGCUUGACUCAACCAGAAUCAAUUUCACAGCCAACUCCUGGGGUUGCAAGUGGGGGAACUAAAGUAGGACCUAUUCCAGAAGACUUCUUUGAGAAUACAAUUCCAUCUCUUCAGGUUGCUGCUUCACUGGCUCCUGCUGGUAGAUAUCUCUCUAAAUUUACUGCAGGAGCUCAAAGCGGCGAAGCAACUCAAAACCAGGCUAGUGCUUACGAAUCUGAUGUUAGUCAUCAAGGUCAUGUUUCUCCUCAAGCUGUUCAACUACCUGUGUCUCCUAUCGAGACUGUAGGACUUCCUGAUGGUGGUAUACCACAAUCCUCAAAUCAGGCUGCAGUCAUUCCCCAAUCACAGUUUCCGGCACCAAUUUCUAGCCAACCUCUUGAUCUUAGUAUAUUUGGGGUACCAAAUACUUCUAAUUCUGAAAAGCCUCCACAAACUGGUUCUCCACCAUCCUCUGUAAGACCAGGACAGGUUCCCCGAGAAGCUGCUGCUUCUGUGUGUUUCAAGACUGGACUUGCUCACCUUGAGCUAAAUCAUCUUUCAGAUGCUUUGUCUUGCUUUGAUGAAGCUUUUCUUGCAUUAGCUAAAGAACAAUCUCGUGGAAGUGAUAUAAAAGCUCAAGCAACCAUAUGUGCUCAAUACAAGAUAACAGUCACUCUUCUUCGGGAAAUUGUUCGUUUGCAAAGAGUUCAUGGUCCAAGUGCUAUUAGCGCGAAAGAUGAGAUGGCUAGACUUUCACGCCAUCUAGGCUCAUUGCCUUUGCUCGCAAAGCACAGAAUAAAUUGCAUUCGAACUGCCAUAAAACGAAAUAUAGAGGUGCAAAAUUAUGCAUAUUCCAAGAAAAUGUUAGAACUACUAUUAUCUAAAGCACCUCCAAGUAAGCAGGAAGAAUUUAGGAGCCUCAUUGAUUUGUGUGUUCAGAGGGGUUUGGUUAACAAGUCCAUUGAUCCAUUGGAAGAUCCAUCACAAUUCUGUGCUGCCACAUUGAGCAGGCUGUCGACCAUUGGAUAUGAUGUCUGUGAUCUCUGUGGAUCUAAAUUUUCAGCUGUGACUGCACCAGGAUGCAUCAUAUGUGGAAUGGGCAGCAUCAAGAGAUCGGAUGCAGUCGCAGGACCAGUUCCUUCUCCUUUUGGUUGAGCCACUAAAAUUUAUUUGCUUGUACUGUGUUUCCUUGCGAUGCUGUUGUAUAGAGAGAAGCAGCUCCAUUGUAGGAAGGGAUUCGUAUAACUGAGAAAAUUUCUGGCUAUGGAUCUAGGAAAAUUAUAAUUUCUUCAUUUUUGGCUUACAGCUUUUCAGUUUUCCAUUUGUUUUUUCAAUCUCAAUCAAGGGGACACUUUCUAUGUAAUUACAGAAUGUUGUUAUGCAAUAAUUUUGAUAAAUAUAUAUUAUCCAUUUAGGAAGAUAGGAACACAAUUGUUCAUUCGUAAACAACUUUGCUUUAUAAGAAACUCGUCAGAUGCUUAUUUCCUAUAACAGCAUUUCUUGGCGCCUAUUACAAAAACACAUCGGUUCCAUCAGUUCAGC